AUGCGUGGGGUUAACUGGAAGGUGACCCUUGCGGUCGCGCUGGUAACUGGGAGCGCGACUGCCAUUGAUCUCAAUGUCAACGAUGAGACAUCCGUCAAAAAUGCCGCUGGCGUGGCCGCGAAAAACACCAUGUCGCUCUACGAUGACCGAGACUCGAAGAACAUCCCCGGCAAAUUGGAUGGCGGCUGGUUCGAGGGUGGUGUCAUUUUUGAUGCUUUGAUCAGAUACUGGUACUACACCGGCGACGCUUCCAAUAACGAUGCCGUGAGCGAGGGGCUGUACUGGCAACGCGGAGACAACGACUUCUUCCCCUCGAAUUAUAGCCAGUAUCUCGGAAACGAUGACCAAAUGGUCUGGGCCCUCGCUGCCAUGACCGCAGCCGAGCUGGACUAUCCUCAGCAAUCCUCGAUGCCGUCUUGGAUCAACAUGGCGGAGAACGUGUUCAACGAACAGAUUCGUCGCUGGGACGAGGAUAGCUGUGACGGUGGCAUGCGCUGGCAGAUUUGGGCUUAUGAGGCUGGUUAUGCCACCAAGAACGCUAUCACCAAUGGCGGUCUGUUUGAACUCGCUGCUCGUCUAGCACACUUCACCAACAAUCAAACCUACUCCGACUGGGCAGAGAAGAUUUGGGACUGGAGUGCCACCACCCCUUUGCUGAAAAAUGCUACCUGGACAAUUGCGGACUCGACCACUUGUCAGACGAACUGUACCGACCACAACGACUACCAAUGGUCCUACAAUUAUGGUGUCUACACGACCGGCGCUGCAUACAUGUACAACCUGACAGAAGGAAAGUCUAAGUGGAAGUCUGGCCUCGAUGGUCUUCUGAACGCAACCUCCAAGUUCUUCCCUACCCAUGGCUAUAACAGUGACGAUGGCACCAUCAUGGUCGAGAUCACCUGCGAGCCCGCCAAAACUUGCGAUAGGAACAUGGAAAUCCUGAAAGGCACCUUUGUUCAGGGUCUUGCCCAGAUUACUGUAGUUGCCCCUUACACCUCAUCGAAGAUCCUACCACUGCUGCAAGGCUCCGCGACCGCUGCCGCGAAGACCUGCACCGGAGGCUCCUCGAAUCUUUGUGGAGCCCACUGGUACGAGAAGACAUACGAUGAUAACGGUAGCAUCGAGAACCAAGUCGCUGCCCUCAGCCUCUUCACGUCCAACCUGAUCGCAUUCAACUCGCAUGCCCCCGCCACACAGUCUACUGCGUCAAACAGCACGGUUACGACCAGUGGAAACGGGACCACCACGAGUUCCGGUGCUGCAGGUGCUACCAAAACUGGUAGCAAUGCUGCAAAUGUGCUCGCCAGCAGCUCUGUUGGCAUCACCGCAGCUAUCUUCGCAGCUAUUAUCGCUCUUUUCUAA